CUGGCGUAUAUUUGCGCAGCCGCAGACGCAAGUCUACCGACUAGCAUUUGAAACCAAAACAGGAAGUCGUAAGUAUUGUGGGACGUGUAGUUCCGCUUCUAGGCCGCUGGUCUGGAUAACAGCACACGAAGGAACCAAACAAAACAAAAAUAGGGAAACUUCUAGGGACUGCAGUAUUACUGGUGCAUCUUCUACAAAAUCAUGCCCGGCUUUACUUGCUGCGUGCCCGGUUGCUACAAUAACUCACACCGGGACCGCGAUCUGCGAUUCUACACCUUUCCGAAGGAUCCCACUCAGCGAGAGAUAUGGCUGAAGAACAUUUCGCGGGCCGGGGUGAGCGGCUGUUUCAGCACUUUCCAGCCCACCACCGGCCACCGGGUCUGCAGCGUCCACUUCCCCGGCGGCAGGAAAACCUACACCAUUCGCGUCCCGACCCUUUUCCCUCUGCGGGGGGUGAACGAGAGGAAGAGUAGACGGGGAAGGACUAGGAAGGUAUCCGCGGUCGUGCCCAUCAUCAGCUCGGUCGUUUCCACGGCUAACGAGUCAGCGCCAGUGGAGGAAGAGGGGGACACCGAAAACACCACCGUGGUGCAGAUAGAUCAGAACGGCCAGUACAUCGCGCCCGUGGACCUCACCGUUUCGGGGGACGGUUCCUGCCUUACAGCGGUGGUCUCGGGCUCAGAUUUAUCCGGGGACAGCACGCCGUGUCCCGUGGCCGAUCUCGCGCUGUGCGGGGCGGAUCACUCGUACUCGCUCACCACCGGCACAACGUCUGCGGAAUUGCUUCGGAAACUGAACGAGCAGCGGGACAUAAUCGCGCUGAUGGAGAUCAAAAUGAAGGAGAUGAAGAACACCAUCCGACAGCUGCGGGUCAACGAGGCUCGACUGCAGGAGGAGCUGCGCGAGCGGGACCGCCUGAUCUCCGCCAACACCAUCAUUAAGAGAAAACUCUGACAAACAACGUAAAGAUACGGUGGACUAAAGACGCAUAGGACGGUCUGUGCUUCUGUAAGACAAGGCGACGACAAUUAAGUUUCAUCGUAGUUCUCAUUUAAGCUUCCUCCAGGACUCAGAAAUGGUAGAUAGGCUGUGUGUGUUAGAGCGCAGAUACAUGAGUUCAACCUGUUUGCACGAGCUGUCAGGCACAGCGCUACACGGGGACUGAGAUGAGUUCAGCAGACUGGUCCUUCUCAUUUUAUAUUUAAUGAUACACGAUUGUGUUGUUUGUGUGUUGAAGGAAGCCGAUUCAAGAUAUGCCUACUGUCACACAUCAUGUUACAUGCACACAGAGACUGCUUCAUAUAAGUGUGUAAACAAACAACUGGUUAUCAUUUGUUUAUGUUUGUUUUUUAAUAUCAGAGUGCAUCAGGUCAGAGCUUCUGGUCCAGGUGAACCGAUUCUUUACAUGCAGGUUAAUGCAGUUAGAAAAGAUGAAUGGUUUGAAGUAAACUGCUUUUGAACUAUAA